AUGGGAGUCAGUGAUGGGAGUGGCGGUGGUAGUGAUGAGAGUGAGCAGGACGGUGGUAGUGAUGGGAGUCAGGUAGGGCAGUGGGAAGUGAUGGGAGUAAGCAGGAGUGAUGGGAGUCAGCAGGACGGUGGUAGUGAUGGGAGUCAGCAGGACGGUGGUAGUGAUGGGAGUCAGCAGGACGGUGGUAGUGAUGGGAGUCAGCAGGACGGUGGUAGUGAUGGGAGUCAGCAGGGCGGUGGUAGUGAUGGGAGUCAGCAGGGCGGUGGUAGUGAUGGGAGUCAGCAAGGCGGUGGUAGUGAGGGUAGCAAUAGAGGCACAUGUGUCCAGCAGCAGGCAGCUCCACGCCCUGGCCUGGCCUGGCCUGGCCUGGCCUGGCCCAGGUGGCCUCAACAGAUCAAUACAACUGUUACAAAUAAACUCCACAUCCAAAAUUCAGCAACAUCCAGCGUUAUGUUUUUGUGUAGCGGGCGAGGAUUAGGUGGGCCGUAA